AUGAAUUCGGAAUAUAAUGUAUAAUUGUAAUUGUUAUAGGAAACAAUGAAAGAUAAUAUUAAUCUAUUAACAUAAUGCAAGAAAUCUGAAAUAUUGGAAUUCAAUCAUUAUUAUGUAGGUUUUCAAUAUUUAUUUUGUUUGGUGCAUAAACUCAAAAUUUUUAUAAUUGAUAAGAGCUAUAUAUAAGAGAAAUUGAGUUUGUUGUAGAAUCAUUAUAUAAAUAUUCACUAUCGAAGUUAGUAAAUAAAAACAUUAUUUGAUGAAUAUUAUUAUUCAGAAAAUAAAGUACUAGCAAUUUAUGAAGAAAUGAAAUAAAAAAUAAUUGAAAAAUAUUCAGAAUCAAACACUCCCCUAUUAGACAUUUCAAAUGAAAUUAAAAGCCUUAAAGGUGAAUUUCAAUUUAAUUUAUCAAAAAUAAAUAUAAAAGAUCAGAAUAAAUUAUAUUUUAGUCAUAAAGAAGAGGAUUUAGCAAAUAAUGUAUUAUUUGAGAAGGCUAUGCAAAAUUGUUAUUCAAACUAUGAAAAUAGAUUAGAUUCAUUUGUAGCUAUUUAAUCAUAAAAGCUUAUUUUAAAAACAAAUUUACAUGAAAUAGCAUUAAUAUAAUAUUGGUUAUUGAAGACUUCAAUUUAUUAAUAAAAAGAAAAGGAAGAUAAAAAUGAAACAGAAUUAGUUAUUGAAAAAUAGAAGAGUAUGUUUUAUUUUAUAAUAAUGAAUUAAGAAAAAUAUAAAAUAGAAGUAAAUUAACAAUAAUUAGAGCUAUUUAUUUGUUUGUUGAAUAAUAAUUUAUUUGAGGAAUUUAUAGAAUAAAAAAUGAAUAUUUUGAAUUAUUUUGAACCAUUAAAUUUAGAACAUUAACCAUUAUUGAGUUCAACAAUGAAAGUUCAAUACUAUUAAUUCAAGGAUUGCACUUUUAGAAUAGUUUAAAAAUUGAAUGAUGAUUUCAAUUAAUUGAUAUAUUCAUUAGAAAUUUUAGGAAUAGAGAAUAAAUUUUAUUCAGUGAUUGAUACAGAAAAUAUUUAAUUAUUAGAAUUGAGAUUAAAAGGAUUUCCUCAAUAAGAUUUAUCAACUAUCUUUAAAGAUCCUGAUCUUAUUUAUAAAUAUUUUAUGAAAAAGAUUUAUCACAAUUUAAACCCAGAGAGUGAUCCUUAAAUAAUAAGUAAUAAAAUUAAAAUUGGUUCAAUAAUUUUAUCAGAUAGAUCGAUUUAUUAACAUGCAGCUCUAUAUUUGGGUUGUGAUUUAGUUUUUCAUUACACAAAUGAACAAUUUGAUAAUAUUAAUUAAACAAGAAAUGGUCAUUUUUUUAAACCUGAAAGAUUUGCUAUUUUUAUGAAAGGAACAUCAAUAUUAACAGAAUUAUAACUAGUUUUUUUAUUAAGAGAUAAGUAAGAAUUGUUAGAAAAAGCUUUAAAGAAAUAAAAUGAAAAAAUAGAAUUUGAUUUAACAAAAUAUAAUUGUGAACAUAUGGUAUUUGAAAUUUUAACAAAUUUCAAGUAUUCAUCUCAAAUAGAUUAAAGUUUUUUUAAGAAUAUUGGAGCUAAUGUAGCAAAAUACUUUGGUUUUUUAGGUUCAUCUUAGACAUUUCAAUCUAAUUGA